AUGCAUCGACUUAAGGAAAACAAUAAGGGAAGAGUGAUCUCAUUCAAGUUAUGGCGUCCGCUCGCGACAGGACGCCAGCCAGCUGCCGCGCUUCACUGGCGGUUCUGUCUAAGCGCCGUAGCCAUUCAUCGCGAAGGCGCGCCUACAUUCCUGUGGGUUGAGGAACAACUCAUUGUAAACAUCCGACUUUGGAAGUCCAUCCGCAUCCUCCAUAUUGUCCAGACCUGA